CAGGAGUUGUUAGCAGGAGGAGUGUUGACGUUUAACCGAAGAUGAGUUCGUACACAGUGACUCUGAAUGGCCCCGCUCCAUGGGGCUUCAGACUACAGGGAGGAAAGGACUUCAACAUGCCACUCACCAUCUCCAGGAUAACUCCGGGCAGCAAGGCAGUGGGCGGCAGCCUGGCUCAGGGCGACAUCAUCUCAGCUAUCGAUGGGGUCAGCACCGACGGGAUGACGCACCUGGAGGCCCAGAACAAGAUUAAGUCUGCCGCCAACAAACUGGCUCUCACCAUGCAGAAAUCAAGACGUGCUGCAGCAUUUCCCACAGGCGUUCAAAGAAUGGAUUCCCCCAUGCCAGUCAUCCCCCACCAGAAGGUUAUCGCAAACACAGCUGCAAAUGUGGAGUACACUCCCAGCUUCAACCCCAUUGCCCUGAAAGACUCUGCCCUGUCCACCCACAAGCCCAUCGAGGUGAGGGGCCCGGGUGGAAAGGCCACCAUCGUUCACGCCCAGUACAACACACCAAUCAGCAUGUACUCACAGGACGCCAUCAUGGACGCCAUCGCAGGGCAGUCGCAGGCCAAGGGACACGACAGUGGAGCUCUGCCCAUCAAGGACCCUGUGGUGGACUGUGCGUCUCCGGUUUACCAGGCAGUGAUCAGGCCAGGAGAGCCAAACCAGAACAUGUCUGAAUGGGCUCGUCGUGCCGCCAACCUGCAGUCCAAAAGCUUCAGGAUGCUGGCCCAUAUCACUGGCACUGAAUAUCUGCAAGACCCAGAUGAGGAAGCCCUGCAGAAGUCGAGAGAGAGGUUUGAGUCGGAGGUGAAAGGGCCCCGCUUCGCCAAGCUGAAGAACUGGCACCAAGGACUGUCCUCACAGAUCCUCAACAUCCAGAAUUAAAGAGGAGAAGUAAAAGAGAAGAAGGACAUGUAAAGGAAGACAUGGACAAAAGCACAGGAGUUAACAGGAAGAAGGGAUAAAUUAUGGAGGGGUAAAGAAAAAAGGAACAGGACGAGGAGAAAAAAAACUCCUCAGGAAUGUGAGAUAGUGUUGUAGCCUAGAUUAGUAUGUGAGAUACUAACUGUUAGUGUGAGAAUGCUAUGUGUUAAUAAGCUCAAUAUUACCUGUCAAAUGUUUCUGUCCGCUGCUAAGACCUGAUCUCGCAUUUGGGUUUUUCUUUUUUUUCUUUCUUUCUUUCCUGUUUGUUUGGGUUCUGUCUCUUUUAAAUGAAAAGGGGAAAUUGUACAAAAAAUAGGUAUUCAAAUGAAAAUGCAGGACUGAUUAUUUUUGUUUUAGUACAUGAACGGCGAACACGAACACGAACAUAGCAAUUGUAACACGAAGCAUGCUUAUGAGAAGGCACACGAGGACAAAUGCACACAUAGAGAUUUACCUACAUGCACAAAUACAGUAUGUAAAAAAUGCACUCAAAAAUGUACUUAUAUCAAUGUGAAUAAAUGUUUUCUUAAAACCA